UAGGCAUCUGCAUGGAGUGUCUUGCGUUGAUUUUAAUGCUGAGGAUAAUAGUUUAUUCUUGGGAUUGAAAACAGUGGCUUUCUCAAAUCUAGCUAUUAUAGUUACACUCACCUGACAGCUUUGGACAGCUUUUCGUUAUUUGGUUUCAAGCUAUUGACACUAAUUAUAGCAGCACGCUUGGCUGGACACUGGUCCUCGACACUAACUGGUAAACAGAAACAGAAAGAGAGGGAGAACAAACAGCCAAAUCAUGGAGAUGGAGGAGCUGAUCAGCGCUGACCGUAAACCUGAUGAUAAAGACGUGGAGGAAAGUGCAGAGAUCCCAGAGACGGAUGUUAUAGAGGCAGCAGAGGGAGGGGAUGAGGAUGAAACCAAUGUUUACUCCAAACUUCAGAAUCCAUCUGAGGAUGUCUAUGAGACGGCAACCCUGGCAAAACAGCCUCAGAAACACAUAACAAACUUCUCAAGAUUUCGCCUGUUCCGGGCCGUGACUGCGAUUCUCUCUGUCAUCUGUCUGAUACUAUUGGUUGUGAUUAUUGCGCUCGCAAUGAAGUUGCAGAUGCAAUCGAUCUGUCCAGACAGAUUGAACGAGGGGGAGAAUAUAGAUGUGUCUUCUGUCUGCACUUUAGAGCGAUGCCUGUCCAUUUACCCGCAAAGACAAGUUCACACCUCAACAUGCCACAAGUGUGGGAAAGAUUGGGUCGAGUUUGAAGGCUUCUGCUUCCUGCUCUCCCGGGAGCGUCUCACCUGGUCUGAGAGCAGAAGCGAGUGCCGGCGCAGAGGUGGUUAUCUGGCUGUUCCUGAUCAAGACAGAGUCCAGAACUUUCUGUCUCAGGUGAGCAAGAGUCUCCACUGGAUUGGCCUGAGCCGCUCCCGCUCUGGGGCAUGGCUCUGGGUGGACAACUCUACACUGGGCAAGAGUAACUGGUCAGAGCAGCCUGGAGAAGCAGACUGCGUGUAUCUGAAUGGAGAAGCUGUUCCUGCCCAGAGCUGGACAACUGCAAAAUGCUCAGCUGUUACAUACUACAUCUGUCAGAAAGAUCGCUGAAGUCCUUCUGCUGACUACACUUCCCAUCAGCCUCAUUCACCAGUUCUUAUCUUUCUGUCAUAACCACUGAUCUUAACUUACACUGUAUCAUACCUAUAUAUUCCGACAAAUCAUAAUGAUAAUGGGAAGUUUCAGUGAUCGUAGAUUUACUGGAAGAUUGUGUAAUUCAUAAAAAUACUGUACUUUAAAAUGCCUUUAUUUGAAGAAGCCGCUUCAGUGUAUUGUUUGUUUGCACUUUGAAAGCCUUUUUGCACUUAAAAACCUGUGAAAUUUUUCCAAAUUGUAUAACAAUUGUGAAUUGUUUUCAGUGAUAUAGAAAGAUGGGUAAAUGUAUAUUUCAUUUUUAUUUAGCAUUUUAUUUGCUUAAACCAGAGUAAGGUUUAUAACAGUUUUAUCAGCUACAUUUCCUGUGAACCUCGUUAGUCCUUCAUAACACUUUAUAUCUUUUUUAUCACAUGCAGAGUUCAGUCUUUGCAGUACAUUAUGGGACCAGUAUGGCCACUUCUGAGAUUACGAAGUCGUUGGACAGUUUGUAGUUUGUUUAAUAUAUUAAAUAAAGAACUCAAGCCCUA